AUGUUGAGAAAUUGGAGAGUUCUGGCGAGAAGUUUCGCAACAACCGCCAGUGAGGAAGCCACACCGAAAGUUGAUAUCAGUUUUCUCCGUCCCCGACAUCGAAUCAUUGCAGCCGGUGGAAUUCCGCCGGUUCAAUUCGAUUCCGAACGAGAACGUGCCGCCCGUCGGGAACGAUUCGGAAGAUAUGGAUUAGCGAGUGGUGUUCCCGUUGAAGAGCUGUUCCCAACUGCUGAAGAAAUCGAAGAAGAGCAAGCGAUCGGAUUAUUCAGAGAAUUCAAUGAUGUUAAAAAGGAAUAUAAUGAGUUGCAAAAGAAAAAGAAGGAGGCUGAAGUGGCGAGGUUAGCGGAGCUUGAGAAGAACCUGAAAAAGUAUCCGGCGGCUCUUGCGAAAUAUGAAGCAUCUCUGGUGAAACAAGAACGAGAAAAAGAUGAUAAGGAGUUGGCUCUGGAGAAGAGAAUUCGUGAGAUUCAAGAGUAUUUCGGCUACUGGAUGGACCCGAAAGAUCCGCGAUUUGAGGUGAUGCUGCAGCAAAAGGAGGCGGAAGAGAAGAAAGCGGCUAAGAUGGCGAAGCGAGAUGAAAUUCAGAAGAAACGAUAUGCGGAGAAUGUUCAGGGAUGA